CGCCAUUGUAUUGUAUUUUGUAUUUGUCUUGUAAAAACCAAGGCUUUUUGUGACGAAUAAAGAAAUAACUAGUAUACUUAGGAAGAAAUUGGGAAUUUUUGUCAUGUGAUAAUUACACGAACAUGUUACAAAGAUACUACGUUCCAGUUGUUUUCCAUCAAUAUCGAUAGAGUUGGCUUUUGUGUUAAAUAAGCAGUGCCCUCGUUGGGUACAACAUUGUGAUCUAAGAAGUUGAAAACAAGACUUCACUUCCUAGCAGAGAAAUGAGUUUUAGAGGGAGAUAUCCUUCUAAAUUUAGGAGGAGUGGAAACGUCCGAGGACACGAUGGUGUAAUUCUAAAAGAAAGAGGCCGACCAUUUAAAAGAAAAUAUCAUCAGGGCAGAGAGCCUCAUAAUAUAGAAAGAUUUCGAGGACAUGGGCCGAUUAGAGGAAGGGGAAAAAUUGUGGAAAAGGAAUAUUUUUCUGAUCGUGGUAGAAGUAGGCCAUUUAGAAAGAAUUUUUCAGGCCGAGUUCUCAGACCAGCUCGGUCACGAGGUAGACAUUUUAGAGGAAGGCAAAGUCACUUUCGAGGAGGCCGAGGGAAGUUUAUGGCCCCAAGGGAAUAUGAUGAAGAAAGUUCUUAUGAGAGACAUGGUCCACCUCAUGAUAUGGCUAAUGAAAAUGAGUAUGUAGAAGAUGAGGAGGCUUUUGAUGACCCUGAAGACUAUUACGAAGAAGAGGAUGAGUAUUAUGACAGAGGAGAAGAUUGCCCUCCUUUUGAACACAGAAUGAGAUCACCUUUAACAAUACAUAGACGAUUUGAUGAUGGUGAAGAAUUUGAUCCAAGCCCUGAGAGAUCUCCUGAUAGAUCACACUUAAGACGAUCACCCAGUUUAGAAAGGCGUUUUUCAGAGGUGCGUGAACGUUCUAUUGAAAGAAUAAGAUCGUCAGAAGAAAGAUUUGUAAGGCAACAGUCUGUAGAGCAAGAUAGACCAUAUCGUGGAGACAGUAGAGAUUUUAAUGAGUAUAGAAGGUCACCAAGCGUUGAUGAAAGAGGAAUAUUCCUCGAACAUCAAAGACCUAUUUCCCCUGGAGUUAGUAUAAGAAGAGGAGAAAGGGAAAGAUCAAUUGAAUAUAGAAGACAUUCAGUUGAUCGAUCUCGAUCCUCUAGACACAGUAGGGAGAGGUCUUUACAUGGAAGUGAUCGUGAAAGAUCUAUUGCUGGAAGCUCUAGAAGAUCAAUUGAACGACAAAUAGAAUUCGAAAAAAGACGACUGCAACAAAUGCUUCAUGAAAAGAAGAUGCAUGAGAAAAGGUCAGAAUCAUCAAUUGAGCGGUUUUUAGAUGAUUGUAAGAGAUCUUUUGAGAAUAAUCCUAAAUCACGUUCUGUUUCUCCAUCCAAUAGUUUUGAGGGCCGGGGUUAUUCUAAUAGAAAAUAUAUAAGAUCUCCUGAACGAUCUUUGUCACCUUCUAAUCAGUCUAGGAAGUUUCAUGGAUUGAAAAAUAUUACUAUUGAACGUGGAAGAUCAAUAGAGCGAUCAAGAUCCCCAGUCAGAACUAUCAAUUAUGAAAGGAGAAUUGAGUAUUCUCCUGUGAGACAAAUAUCACCUGCUUGGAGAGAAGAUGUAAGAGAGCUUCAUGAAAAUCACUCUGAUUCUGGAAGGAGGUCUAGAUCAAGACGACAUCUAUCACCAGAAAGAUUUUCACCUCAUGUUUCUUACGGCAGAAGAUCUCCUGAAUCUUCUAACUCUUCCUCUAGAGCUUUCAGAAAAAGGGCUCAUAACUAUGGUAAUGAAGAAAGGCCUUUUUUAGAAGAACAAAGGGGGCAUUUUUUAGGGGAACGAAAAAGAGAUUUUUUAGAGGAUCAAGAUCGACCUUUUUUAGAGGAAGUAAGAACAGAUUUUUUAAGAAAAAGCAUUUUUGAACCUAAAGAAAGUACAGGCUAUAAUAGAGAAAUGUCUUUUGAAAGGCCGGUGUCUAAAUCUUCUCAUGAUAGAAGCUAUAAAGAUAACCGUAAUUUUUUAGGGGUCGGAGAUGGGCCAUUCACUGAGAAUAGGUCCAUCGAAAUUCAAAAAGAGAGUUUAGAACUAUCACCAGUGUCACAAACAGGUAGUUUGGGAAAAGAGCAGUUUUCAGCUUCUCGUGACACACAUUCAGUGAAGGAAAUGGAGUUAUCUCCCAUUUCACAAGCAGGAAGCUUUGAAAAAAGAGACUUUUCUGAAGACCAUAGAAACAAUAGAGAUUUGUCUCCUAUAUCGCCAACAGAGAAUUUCGUAAAUUUAGAUGAAACCAAAGCACAUGGUUCUCAUCGUCCUUGCAGUACUGAUAGUAUGCAAAAGUUUCUAGCUGAACUUGAAGAAGAUGACAGUAGAGAUUCUAGUGUACUAAAUCUUCUCCAAAAAGAACAUUUUGGGAAAACCAAUUUACAAGACAUUCCUGUAAAAAAACAUAGAAAAAAGAAGUUUCUUCGUGAGACCCAAAAUACAGAUAAAGCCAUAAAAUUAUCUAAUGCAGACAAUCCUAAGGAUAAUAAAGAAGAUAAUCUACCUAAAUCGUCGUACUAUGACUUUAAAUUUACAUACAAUUCGUCCCUCGAUAAGAAAAAAGAUGGACUCAAACCAAGCAAUGAACAGGAAAAGCUAUUUAAUGCCUACGAAAAGUCUUUUCUGAGUCAAACUUGUGAUGCUUUCAAUGAAAAUCUUUUCCAAGGAAGGUAUGAGCAGCCAAGUAAGACUAAAACCAAAACUAACCCAGAAUCUACUUCUUUUCAGAAAACACCUGUUGCUCCGUCACACCCAAAUAAUGCUCCAAAAUUGAAUCCUUCAAGUGUUUUACCUAUUGCACAGAGUAAUCCUAGACCUCCAUAUUUUCAAGGCCAUAAUAACAAUUUUAGAAGCGGUCCACCCUUUUUGAAGCCCAAUUUAAAUAUGCCCACUCAAAUGCCACAGAACCCUUCAAACUUUGUUUCUAGCAGUAAUAUGAAUAUUGGACCAGUGAGAACACCUGUUUAUCCUAAUCAGACGAUGAUCCCAACAUAUCCUUAUCAACAAGUACCAAGUACUGUGCCAGUUAUUCCUCCAAUUUCUUUCCAACAAAAUACUAUACCGUUAGAUCAAAGAGCUGCAUUUUCUCAACCACCUAAAGAUAUAUUUGAAAACAUUGUGGCAAAUCCAAUGUACUCUCGUCGAAUGAAUGAGACAUCUAACCAGCAGCCUGUAUGGAAAAACCAAGGUUUACAGUCUGAAAACAACGCUGCUAAACCGAGUCAAAUACAACAAACAAACCAGUUCCAAAAGACUUAUUCUAAUAAUAAUUCCAGUGGAUUUCUCAACCAGUCUUUGCAAAAUAGACAUUCAUUGGUCAAUGAAAGCACUAAUACAUUUUCAAAUCAUCAGCCAUUCCAAGGACUGAGCCAAAAUUUACAAACUGAUUUUUGUUCAGAAAACCGUGAUAAUGAUCAGUUUCAUUCAUGGCCACAAAAUAGUGCUUCAAAAGGGCAAUUUUCAUUAGAUAAGCCUUCCAGUUUCAACGAUCGUCCUGCAGAACAUAAAGUGAAGGAGGUGAUUGUAAUAAGUGAUGAUGAAGGGCAAAGUAAAAGUCAGAACAAUGAUUAUGUUUACAAGUCUGACGGUUUAAUUUUUCCAAAAGCUGAAAUAAUUAAUAAAUACAAAAACUGCUCCCCUACAUUUGAUGUAUUAGGCAAAAUCUUUAAGGGAUUUGUCAUUUAUUUUGGCGUACAAGCAAACAGUGAACUUCAAAAAGACCCAAUUGAAGUAUUGAAAGAGUCAUUCUCAUCGUCUGAAGGCUUUGAAAGAUUAGAUAUUGAUGAAAUGACCGAGUUCAAGCCUAACUCAGUACGCAAACAAGUUUGUGAUUUGAGAUGGAAGGGUGUUCUGUUAUCACGAGCAGAAGGCGACUCACGAGAGGAAGCACGUAUUUCGGCUGGAAUAGAUUUGAUAAACGCCCUCGCCAAAACAUGCUUCACAAUACAGACAAAAUAUGGCUACUACAACUGCGGACGGUAUCCGAGAUUUAUGCUGAAACACCCAGAAAAGAAAGGAUACUACAAAAUGGUUAAAAGAGAUGAAAUCAUCAAAUCUGUCACUGAGACUGUGAAAAGACUCAAAGCCAAAGGAUUUUGUAGAGGGGUGGACGCAACUCACGUCAACGCUGUGAUCACGUUCAUGGAUGAGUUUUUCAAUGACCCAAACAAUCAUUGUGAGCUGAUUUUUGGACCAAGCAGUGGAAUGGAGUACACCAUAGGGGAGCUGAAAACCAUUGGCGAACAUGCCGCAGAGAAAGGUUUUCAGCGUAGAUGGUUCCACGGCACCAAGAAAGUCAAGGUGUCUGGCAGGUUUUUGUGUGUCAGUCGGCGAUUCUCACCACAAGCACUCUACCGCUACCUGAUGACUGAGAUGGGAGACACAGUAAGAUACAGGCUCUUCCCUCCUCAGGGGCCAAAAAUUGAUCUGUUGACUCCUGGUAAUUUCUACAGCCCCAAUAUGAUCAAGACUAUACAAGGGGUUGGAUAUAAACCAGAUGGUGACGAUUUUGAAUUGGAUGACUCAUUCGAAGACAACACUAAACCAUCUCUUGACUUCGACAGUCCAAACUUAUCUAACCAGCCACAUCCAGGCUGGAGUAACCAGGGACUCAGUCAGUCUUAUCCUAAUACAACGCCACAGAUUUCUAACUAUGCACCAAAUCCCGUUCCAAGAUUACCGAUGCUGUCUGGCCCUCCCUUUCAAAACACAAUGCAAACAGGGUUUGACCAACCGUUUCAAGGUCUGUCAACCAUUCCGACUUUCACGCAGGAAGGAUACAAAAGGAAUGUUCCUUUUGAAGAAAGUGUCAGCAAACGUGGAAAAUGGUACUAAGACGCUUAAAAUAUUGAAAAAUUUUGUUUCUGUACAUAUUUGUCAUUUACUCUCAUAGUGAGAUAUAAUUUUAAUGGUGUAAAUGUAGGUGGUAGUUUUUUUAUUGUUUUAACUUUUCUUAAAACGUUGAUGAUUGAGUAACUUUUUGUUUUAAGUACAUUUUUAAAAUGUUAGUGUAUUCUUAGCCUCAUCUAAUGCUUACCAGGAUAAGUUUAUCUUUAUAAUACAAAUGGAUGAACUUUUACAUUUAUAAAUCUGCCUGAAUACCUUAAAUGCCUCUGCUGCAAAAAACCUGCACACUAAGUGAAUUUCCAAAUGCAUAAUUCGAUUUUACUAAAAUAUUUCAAACAUGUGAGAUUUAUUUUAAUUUGAAUUAUAUUAGGCUCAAGAAGCACUAAGGUUGCUGCUACAGGGAAUUUGACAAAGUGUUUAUCUUUUUGUAAAAUGUUAAUAGAGUGGUAUUUUCUUGUCCGGGAAGGUGCUAACAGUUCUCACAUAAAUCCUGCAUGCUUGUAUAAAAAACACCUGAUGUCCCGCCUUGUGGUGAAAUAUACUACUGUAUUACAAUUUUUUUUGUUUGUACAUUAGAAACCUUGAUAAUCCGGCAUAAACUAGUUUCUGGUUUUCCGGACCAUCAAAAGAAAAUUAUAAUAAUGGGAAAAAAUCUGAUGUCUAUAUGUAUUUUGUUUUUGUUUUACUUGUACACCUGUAUUUCAAUAAUGUUUACCCAAAAAUGCCCUACAAAUGGGAUGUCUGUAAACCACAUUACAGUAAUAGGUGUUACAACAAAUACCCCCGCCGCAGCAAACCUGCCGUCUAAGCGAAUUUCCAUUUGGCCGAAUUGAUUUUCAAUUGAUCUAUUUAAAUAACAUUAGGUUUAACAAGUACCUAGGUUUGCUGCUACAAGGAAACUAAUAAAGUAGUGUGUUUUUAGUAAAAUAUUGAUAGCUUACUAUAAAAUAAAUAAAUUUGCCAAGUUUGAUCAAAAUAUAUCCAUAAACAAGCAAACUACAACAUUUUACAAUAUUCUCCAUAAGAAUAACA